AUGCCCAAGGAGAGAUUUCAAGAAUAUUACGUUAAUUCAAUUAGCACAGAAAUCACGAUGUUUCGCGCUGGUAUCUUCGCGGUAUUGUGGUCGUUGGUGAUAUGCUCGUUUGGGUUCACAAUGGAUCGUUCAGAAUGCAAAGAUUUAUGUCCAUUUUAUUGGAUAGCACUUGUAUUGUCCACCUGGGAUACGGCACCGUCUUUAGACACAUAUCAAAGGAUAUCUGUGGAUCCCACGUUGAAUAGCAAGAUACAGACGACAGAUACCGAUAAGUCUCCGCAAAUUGAGAAUGCAAAAGUGAUGACGAAAUUGACAGACGGGAUAAAAGAGAGUCAGAUACGUGAGAAGAGAUCGAGCACGGAAAACAUCGGAGUAAAAUCAAUCGGUGACAUAACAUCAGUGAAGAAUGAUGACUCCGACUUCUCCGAAAAAGACACAGACAGCAUCACUGGCCCGCGCAACGUUGUCUUGCUUCUAAUUGACAACAAGACUCAUGACGAGAAGAGAAGAGAGAAUCGGCACGAUCACGUGGAAACACUACCGUUCACUGUCGAAGGAUCUCUUCAGGUAUUCCUAGGUUAUCAGGAUGAAUAUUUAAAAUACACUUUGUUGUUUAAUGUGUAUAAUCUUAAAGCUGUAAUUGCUUUAAAAAAAAUGUCGAGUUUUUUUUUCCAUAUCUUUCGCGCAUACCGAGAUUCAAGUUGCGUGUUAUCCGAUUUAAUAACUCAGAGCUGCUCCGAUAAAAUCGGGACUAUUAAUAUCUCCUCGGAAAGUGCGCUGGUUUCGGAAAGCAAAGAAAAGGACUGCGAUUGUGAGCGCCUGCUUUAUUCCAGUAUCGGAGAGUUGUUAUCAUGGGCGAAAUACACAAGACAGAUGGCAACAGGUCUGAAAGUUUUAUUCACUGAUUGUCGAAAAAGUUGCAUAUUAAAAGAUGAGUUUUGUCUAUCAGGCACAGUCUCCAUCAGCAACCUUUCCACCCCGUUGCUCUUCGACUACGUCGCUGGUCCAAGCGACAUCUUGACUGGAUUCGACGGAUCUAAUGAAGGUGAUGCAAAAUUAGAAUCACGCAAAAACAAGCGUGAUUCUAACAAUGCGUGGCAAAUGAUUAGCCUCGCAGGUGAUCGGUCGAAAUCUGUCCCCACUUUGCUCGCGCCUGAGGCUAAGAGAGAAGGUAAGUCACGGCUGUAUUAGCUAGUGAGGACA